AAAUCACAGUGAGUGUAAAUUUACUUUCGCCCUUUUCUAAUUUCUACUUGCAAACUCAAUUUGAAAAGCCAUCUUUUCCGAUCUAUCGAAUCGUAGCGGCGGAGGAAGGAGAAAUGGGUGUACGUGCAAUAUCUCAAGAGGCGUUCGACGAUCUAGUGAGGGAAAAUGUUGAAGAUCUUGGAAUGGAACCCUCCGAAGCACUCGAAGACGCUCUCCACACACUCAAACUCCAAGGCGUCGAUCUCUCCGGGAUCCUUACAUGUGUUCCAGGAGAAAGUAGCAUCAAGGACAAUCCCGUAAUUGCUUGUUUAGAUAGACUUAAAGAAUUCGAUAGUGUUUCUAUUGAAGGACCUCUUCGAGAUGAGGAUUUGGAUGAGAUUUCGAGUUUGUUCGUCAAGCUCAACGAGCUUUGUUGCAGCCAAGAAUCAGGGAACGCUGCAAUCGCGACGAAACAUGGUGCUGUGGACUUAACAUGCUCUCUUUGUUCCAAAAUCAAGAUAACCCCUGGAAGUAAUCGUAAUCGUAUUGUUGUUCCUUGUUUGAAAGCUUUGGCUGUGUUGAUUCAUGACAUUCAGAGCACAGAAGCAUUCAGGAACUGUACUGGACCAAGUAUUGUUGUUGGUCUCUUGAGUAAUUCGUUCUCCGAUUCUGAUUCGCUGGAUGCUGGUUUUGCGGUUGUUGCUGCUGCAUCAACUGGUAAUGAAGUUGUGAAACAAUCAUUCAUGGAACUGAAAAUCGAUGAACUGAUUCUACAAGUGCUGAAGAGAGAAAGUAAGACUACCAUUAGAGCUCUGUACGAUGCUAUUUGUGUUCUUUUGACUCCAGAUGACAACCGUGUUGUUGCUUCCCAAGUUUAUGGUUAUGCACGAACUUUCGCCAAAUUAGGGAUUGCAACAGCCCUUACCGAAGCAUUACAGGCAGGGAUUGGCUCUGAUAGCUUGGUGUCAGCUAGUAUUGCGUUAAAAGCAAUUGCUGUAAAUGAUGAAAUAUGUAAAUCUAUUGCUGAAAUUGGUGGAAUAGAUACACUUCUUCGGUGUAUUGAUGAUAGCGGUGAACAAGGCAACAAAACUGCUGCAAAGACAUGUUGUUCCCUGUUGUCUAAGUUGGCAGGAAGUGACUCUAACAAGAGUACCAUAGUAGAGAAGCGGGGUCUCGACAAGCUAAUCAGACUUGCACAACGAUUCUCCGAUGAUCCUCUAGUCAUACAAGAGGUCAUGUUGAUAAUCUCUAUAAUCUGUCUGAGAUCACCAGAUCACGCAGCCAAGGCUAUAGAAGCCGGAGCUGGUGAUCUAGCGGUCCAAGCUAUGAAGAGGUUCCCAGUAGCGGCUCAAAUGCAGAGAAACGCUUGCAACAUGAUACGGAACAUGGCUGUAAGAAAUGCAGAGAACAGAACUAUUCUGCUUGCCAAUGGAAUUGAGAAGCUGAUAAGGACUGGUAAGGCCAAUAAUGAGUUAUGUAGAGCCGCUGCAACUGAUGCACUGAGAGACCUUGGCCUUGAUAAUUACAAUAGUUAAGGCCAAUCUAUCUCCAUUGGUAUUCAUGAAAACUACAACUCUGCAAGGUUAGUCCCAAUUGUUUCUGCAUUGUCCUAUGCAUUAUUCAAGCUAAGAGGAGUCAGGAAGAACGCAAGAACUGGAAUGAUCCAGUUUUUUUUUACAGUUUUUCAACAACAGUUGGCACUGAGUUCAUCUUUUGAGUAGAAAAGCAUUCCGAUGUAGAAUUUUUUGCAACGAUUGUUUUUUUGUUGGAAUACUUGAACAUGUUCUACAAUAGAAAAUAUUUGUUUGAGAAUUUCAGUGAAAGGGUUCUCUCCUCCAA